UGGAUCAUAUCCUACCAAAAGUGCAUUUAAAAUGGCUCAGCUGGCCGGAAGAUGCGUCGAAACUGAUCCGAAAAAGAGACCAGAAAUGAAAGAUAUUGUGGAGGAACUCAAAAUUGAAGUCUUAGGCCAAGCAAGCAAUACAUGCCUAGCACCGCAUGCAAAGUGAGAAAAGAUCCCAUUGUUCGAAUGAGCACAAGAAUUCAGAUCUGCGAUCUUGGAAGCCGCACAGCAAAAAUGACUGCCCUAAUUCAAUCUUCACCUUUCCCUCACCCCCUAAAAUCCACGCCCUUCAAAUCCCAAACCCUUCCCCGGAAAUCCUCAUCCCGCAUCGCCGCCGUUCCGAUCACCGCAAAUCUCCGCGCCGCCGUGAUCGGAGGCGGUCCGGCAGGAUCCUCCGCCGCGGAAGCUCUGGCCAACGGCGGCAUCGACACUUACAUCUUCGAACGCAGCCCCGACGCCGCCAAGCCUUGCGGCGGCGCCGUCCCUCCCUGCAUGCUCGACGAGUUCUCAAUCCCCUUGAGCCUCGUCGACCGGAAAGUUACCAAAAUGAAGAUCAUCUCGCCGUCAAAUCUCGCCGUCGACUUCGGAAAGACCCUCAGGUCCGGCGAGUUCAUCUCCAUGCUCCGCCGCGAAGUGCUCGACACUUUUCUCCGGCGGCGUGCCGAGGAGCGCGGCGCAACGCUUGUUAAAGCGUUAGUGACGAAAAUCGACCUCCCGGCGACGGAAAAUUCUCCUUACAUUAUCCACUACGUCGCCGGUAACGUAUCUCAGAGACUCGCCGUCGACGUUGUCGUCGGCGCUGACGGCGCCAACGGCAAAGUCGCGAAGGCGAUCGACGCCGGCGAAUACACCUGCGCCAUCGCCUUCCAAGAACGGAUCAAACUGCCGGAACACAAAAUGAAAUACUACGAGAGUCUCGCCGAGAUGUACGUCGGCGACGACGUCUCGCCGGAUUUCUACGGCUGGGUGUUCCCGAAGUGCGACCACGUCGCCGUUGGCACCGGCACGAUCCGUUCGCGCCAAAACAUAAAAAGCUUCCAGUCGGCGAUCCGAAUCCGCGCCGGAUUCAAAAUCGCCGGCGGCGAAACCGUCAAGGUCGAGGCUCAUCCGAUCCCGGAGCACCCCCGGCGGCGGCGAGUCCGCGGCCGGGUGGCUCUGGUCGGCGACGCCGCCGGCUACGUCACGAAAUGCUCCGGCGAGGGGAUAUAUUUCGCGGCGAAGAGCGGGAGGAUGUGCGGCGAGGCUAUCGUGCGCGCGUCGGAGGGAGGGAAGAAGACGGUCGGCGAGGAGGAUCUCCGGCGGGAGUAUCUCCGGCGGUGGGACGACGAGUACUUGUGCACGUUCAAAUUUCUGGACGUUCUGCAGCGUGUCUUCUACCGGAGCAACGCCGCGAAGGAGUCGCUGGUGGAGCUCUGCGGCGAGGAGUACGUGCAGAGGAUGACGUUCGAUAGCUAUCUGUACAAGCGGCUGGCGAAGGGGAAGCCGUGGGAGGAUCUGAAGAUGGCGAUGAAGACUGUAGGAAGCUUGAUUAGGUGCAAUAUUCUGGGGAAGGAAAUAUUGGCCGCCAUUGACGAAUCCGCCAUUGAUGAUCACAGAAACCUUCUUAGACUGUAGAGUGUUGACUAGAAGAAUCCCUAAUUCUCCCAAAAUAAGAAUGGGUAAUUUUUAUUAGAAGGGCGUGAAUGGUUUCUUUUUUUUAUUUUUUUCAUGAAGGUUUGAAUUUUUUAUUUAAA